AUGGCAUCACAAGGCUAUCCAAUCUCGGGCCUCCUAGUUCUUCUUGGCUUAUUGACUAAUUUCAUUACUGUUUCAUCAAGCCAUGAAUCUGCUUCAUUCAACCGUACCAGUUUUCCCAAAGGCUUUAUUUUUGGGACAGCAGCAGCGGCUUAUCAGUACGAAGGUGCAGCAAAAGAAGAUGGUAGAGGACCAAGUAUAUGGGACACGUACACUCAUAGAUACCCAGAACGGAUAAAGGAUGGAAGCAGUGGAGAUGUAGCUAACGAUCAAUAUCAUUACUAUAAGAAAGAUGUUCGGAUUAUGAAAAAGAUGAAUUUAGAUGCAUACAGAUUCUCAAUCUCAUGGUCUCAAGUACUACCAAAAGGAAAACUAAGUGGUGGUGUGAAUCAGGAAGGAAUCGAGUAUUACAAUAAGCUCAUCAAUAGGCUACUGAGCAAAGGUAUAAAGCCCUUUGUAACAAUGUUCCAUUGGGAUCUUCCCCAAGCCUUAGAAGAUGAGUAUGGUGGUUUCCUAAGUCCACAUAUUGUUGAUGAUUUUCGGGACUAUGCGGAACUUUUGUUCAAGGAAUUUGGUGAUCGGGUAAAGCAUUGGAUCACACUAAAUGAGCCAUUCAGCUAUAGUAGUGGUGGUUAUGUAGGAGGAUCGUUUGCGCCAGGUCGAUGCUCUGCUUGGCUAAAUCUAAAUUGUACUGGUGGGAAUUCAGGGACAGAGCCAUAUUUGGUGUCACACAAUGAGUUGCUUGCUCAUGCAGCCGCUGUUGAAGUGUACAAGAAAAAAUAUCAGGCAGCGCAGAAAGGAGUGAUAGGGAUAACAAUUGUGAGUCACUGGUUUGUGCCAUUCUCUGAUGCAAAGAAAGAUCAGGAUGCUGCGCUACGUGCCCUUGAUUUCAUGUUGGGAUGGUUUUUGGACCCAUUGAUAAAUGGUAACUAUCCGCAUAGCAUGAGGUCUCUCGUUAAAGAUAGAUUACCCAAGUUCACCAAAGAGCAAUCCAAACUGGUAAAGGGGUCAUUUGAUUUUCUAGGAAUAAACUACUAUACUGCUAAUUAUGCAGCUUAUGCCCCUCAAAUAACUGGUGAUAAAGCAAGUUACACGACGGAUUCUAGUGCUAAUCUUACUACUUCACGGAAUGGAAUACUCAUUGGUGCACCGGCUGCUUCAAGUUGGCUUCAUGUUUAUCCAAGAGGAUUUCGAGAUCUUCUGCUCUACAUAAAGAGCAACAAGUACCACAAUCCACUAAUUUACAUUACCGAGAAUGGAAUUGAUGAGUUCAAUAAUGCCACCUUGUCACUCAAGGAAGCCCUUGUUGACAACCAAAGAAUUGAGUAUUACGAUAAACAUCUUCAGUAUCUUCUUAGGGCUAUCAAGGAUGGCGUAAAUGUUAAGGGAUACUUUGCAUGGUCAUUGUUGGACAAUUUUGAGUGGGCCUCAGGUUACACAGUUCGAUUUGGAAUUAACUAUGUAGACUACGAAAAUGGGGAUAAAAGAUACCCUAAGCAUUCUGCCCAUUGGUUCAAGAAAUUUCUCAAGAAGUAG